AUGGGAAAAGCUUCAAAAGACAAACGCGAUGCCUAUUACCGGCUAGCCAAAGAGCAGAAUUGGCGAGCCCGUUCAGCAUUCAAAUUGAUUCAAAUUGACGAACAAUUCGACCUUUUUGCACACGCAGACCCUGAUAGUGUCACUCGCGUCGUCGAUCUUUGCGCUGCGCCUGGAAGUUGGAGUCAAGUCCUCAGUCGCGUGCUCAUCAAGGGCGAAAGUUUUGGGCGAAGAGCGUGGUUAGAGAAGCGUCGUCGGGACAAGAAGGCUCUUGAGAAACUGGAAAAGGAGAGCAAGAACACCGAAACAACAACCGAAGAAGAUAGCGACGAUACAGAAGAUGAAUCUGCGAUCCUUAAACCGCGAAAGAAUGUUAAAAUUGUCGCAAUUGAUCUACAACCCAUGGCACCGUUGGAAGGGAUUACGAUGAUGAAGGCAGACAUAACUCAUCCAUCAACUAUACCGCUUCUCCUUCGUGCACUUGAUCCGGAAUACUAUGAAGGAGAAUCUGGGAAACAAGACCCAACUAUAGAGCCUACAACAACGAAACUUCCAUCCCGACACCCUCACCCCGUGGAUCUAGUCAUCUCAGACGGCGCACCAGACGUCACCGGCCUCCACGACCUAGACAUCUACAUACAAUCUCAGCUCCUCUACGCUGCCCUAAACCUUGCCAUCGGUGUUCUCCGCCCAGGCGGAAAAUUUGUCGCCAAAAUCUUCCGCGGCCGAGACGUGGAUUUGCUCUACGCACAGUUACGAACAGUAUUCGAAAAGGUUUCUGUCGCGAAGCCAAGAAGUAGCCGCGCAAGCAGUCUAGAGGCAUUUGUGGUUUGUGAAGGGUUUAUGCCACCUGAGGGUUUUGAUUCGGCGCAUGCGCUGCAGAAUCCGAUGUUUGGUGGGGCGGCUUCUGUUAGGGUUAAUGAGGAUGGGACUGUGGGCUACGAUAUUCCGGAUGAAGAUGAGGAAUCUCGACAAGGAAGCAAGGUUGCACAACCUGCUGCUUCAGAUGGCGGAGAUGAUGUGACCCAACACUUAGCUCUUGAGCAACUCACAUUGGCGGAACAACUAUCAUAUCGCCCACCACAUGAAUCCCGCUGGAUUCCUCCGUUUAUUGCGUGCGGAGAUCUUUCGGCUUGGGAUGCUGAUGCCUCAUAUACUCUACCGGAUGGUUACGUCAGUCUAGACCCUGUUCAGCCGCCUACGGCGCCUCCUUAUAAACGAGCAUUGGAGAUGAGAAAGGAGCUUGGCGGAGCUUAUGGGAAGACGAAGUUGGGGGCUAUUGGUCGUGCUUGA